AUUCCUGCGUGUGUCGCAUGUAAAUAGUUCAUUUUCCAUUGUUUUUACAGACCUCGCUGUCGACUUUAUUUCUACUCUCUUUGCUAUGUUGUUAUGUUGACAUGAAGGUUUUGUGGACCUAUUUCUUGUGAUGUUGUGCUAACGUGUACAUUAACGACGAUUCAGAACAGACGACUUUUUUGAUCACUUCUUUCCUCGGAUGAUGGAGGAUUUUUCUGGUUUGGCGCUCCCCCCUCUUUUUGGAGGUCACAUCCUGGAGGCAGAACUGGAACCAGAUGGUGUUGAGCUGGAUGCAAGGGAGUUAGAGACAACAACCACGACUGAAGUGGAGCUAGGCCCUGCUGGUAGUGAGCUUCUGGAGAGUAACACUCAAGAGGAUGACGAGAGACGAGCUAUCGACAAAAGAAAAUACUUGGCCCUCAAUAGAAGGUGUAAAGAAAUCGAGCAGGUAAAUCAGAAAACCCUUGGCCGCCUACACCAAAUACAGAGAAUUACACGACGCUUAAAGAAGGAGAGGCGGUUCCUCAUGAAAGCCCUUGAUGCACACAGAGAUGACUAUCGAAACGCUCAGCUCACCAUCCUUCUGGAGGAAGAAUCUGCAGGACGUUUGGAUCCAGCCUCUGCAGCCGAAGAGGAUCGACUCAAUGGAGUGUCUGGUUCUGCCUCAUUGUCCAGUUUUCAUCCUGCUGUGGGCCCAAAGAAGAAACGACAUCGGGUUCCACGACCGGAAAAGGAUAAAGAUCAGCAACAAUCUGAGGCCAGCACGUCAGGGUUGGCAGAGACACAGUUUGGAGAAAUGCCCAGCCCAGCCUCUCUAUCACAUUGACCUGCACUUCUGACCUCAAUAUGUGAAUAUAAAGCCAGUUUCACAGAAUCUGUGAGCAGAUUCAAACCUGUAACAAACCAGAUGUGGUGCAGCUUUUUUAUGUUGCUUGUUAUUAACUGCUGUUAUUCAUAUGUUGACAUCAAUUGUUUAUUUUUAACCAUCCAAUUGUUUCCAAUUAUCAGAGUUUUGUUUGCUUGUUACGUCCAUGAAAACAAGACGAGACACAAAGAAAAUGCUGGUCAUGUGGCCAUCGCUAUAAUAAAUGCAGUAUGGUUGACAUGGUUGACAAAAUGUAAUGAGAUUUAUAAAAUACAAACUACAGCGUCUCUUUUCUGCCAACAAAAUACUCAAGCAGUAUUUUGUUUUUGUUUUGGGUCUGCGUGUAAAUAUAAAGUAUUUCACAUUUUUCCUCCGUCAUCAUUUGAUUUCUUGGAAACCAAAACGGAUUACAGGUUCAAUCUGGCUGUUUUUUUUCCCUAUAAACGAAUUGCAUUUCUACAGAGAGUGAAAUACAGUUUCUUUUUUGUGUCUUAAGUUUUUCUUGACCCCAAACUCUGUUGUGCUAAACUGACCCAGACACAUUGGACACUAAUAAUGUUUUUAUUAGUCUGAUUAUAUGAUCAUAUCUCAUGCCUAAGAAUUUUGAUUUAUUCUUUCACAGUUUCAUGUUGUUACACGUUUGUGAAAGUCACAUGAAUACACUCAAAUUGAUUGCUAUUCAUGAAUUACGCCU